GAGCCGCUCUGCCGCUCCAUGGGCUCGCUCGGGGCCCCCGCGCCCCCCCACAGCGACGGAGAGCUGACGCCCGGAUCUGCGCAGGCGCCCGCCGGCCCGGCGCACCCACCUCAACCACCCGGGCGGAAACGCACUCCUCCCUCGAAGUGCGAUAGGCGGGAUUGCGCCGCGGGCGUGCAGGCCGGGGCAGGGCCGGGUGCCACGGCGCGUGCGCGGCCACAACGCAGGUGGGGGCGGAACGUGAGCGCGCGAGCGGGUGGGCGGCUGGCAGUGAGUACGAGAGGCCCCAGACGCCGACCUCCCAGCGGGCGGAGAGGACGUGGCUGUCUUUACCUUGCCUGUCCUUACCCCUUCGCUGACUCCGGGGUCCCCCCCGGCUCAACGCAAGCUUCCUUCUUGCGUUGUGUCCCGAAGCCGGAGCGGUCCACGAUGAGCCGCUUGAACCAGAACGUGCUGGAGGUGAUGAAGUCGAUGGCCCGUGUCCCCGGUUUUGACAGAGUUUUGGAAAAGGUGACUCUUGUCUCUGCUGCCCCUGGGAAAGUGAUUUGUGAAAUGAAAGUGGAAGACGCCCACACCAACAGAUUAGGCACUCUGCACGGCGGCAUGACAGCCACCUUAGUGGAUAACAUAUCAACAAUAGCUCUGCUGUGCACGGAGAGGGGAGCGCCGGGAGUCAGUGUGGAUAUGAACAUAACGUUCAUGUCGCCUGCUAAAAUAGGAGAAGACAUCGUGAUAACGGCGCACGUUCUGAAGCAAGGCAAAACACUUGCAUUUGCCUCUGUGGAGCUGAUGAACAAGACCACGGGGAAACUAGUGGCACAAGGCAGACACACCAAACACCUGGGAAACCAAGGCCUGCAGGCUGACUUCAAAGACAGCAAACAAUGAAGACCAAGUGUAAAGCUGACUUGUAACAAAUAUAACUUUCGAAAUAAAUUAGCACAACCAGAAA